CCAUCAGUAAAGUGUUAAACAAAAAUGUCUUUAAUGUAAUCUUUUGUGUGUAAUCCAGUCGCUCUAGUGCCACAUUGUUAGAGAACGCUCCAGUUACACCUGUUAGUCGAUGUGUAUGGAACGCUGUGCCAACUGUGUUCGUUCCACUUGUUGCAUUGCGCGAUGAGGAAGUUCCAACGGUUUCUCACUUCCGUGGUUGCGUUCGCUGUGCUUUAUGGCGUUUAUCGAUACUCCUUCCGUACCGAUAGUGAAGGGAACUAUCUGUUUCUGCUGCCAGGGGAAAGUGGAAGAUCACAGAGCUUCAUCGAGCAACAGGCGGCAGCGAGUAGCGAGCAGGAGAAGACAGUGGAUCCUUCCCGGUUGGCAAACCUUACCGGAUUUGAGUAUGUGAUUUCGAACGACAUCUGCAAGGAGAACAAUACUUUUUCCGAGUUAUUGGGUGUUAUACUGAUAACGUCGUACGUAGGACACGAUGAGAUCCGAUCGGCCCACCGACAAGCCAUAUCGCAGCAGAAACUACUCUCUAUGGGAUUAUUGCGAAUAUUUUCCCUCGGCGUUAUUCCACCGACCGAACGGUUCAUCCAACAGGUGGCCAUCGCAGCCGAACAGCGACUUCACGGUGAUUUGAUCCAGGGUAAUUUCGUUGAAGCUUAUCGCAAUCUUACCUAUAAACAUCUGAUGAGCUUGCAGUGGGCAACGCAACAUUGUCGCGGUGCCAAAUAUCUUCUCAAGAUGGACGAUGACAUCGUGUUCGAUCCGUUUUACAUCCAGAACUAUCUGUCCGAUCUGAACCAGGGCGUCGAACAGCAAGCUCACCUGCUAGCGGGUUACAUGUUUCGAAACAAGAAAGUCAUUCGUUUACAGGCGAACAAGUGGUACGUGUCACGUGACGAGUUCGCGGCUGAUGUUUACCCACCAUACCUAUCCGGUUGGUUGUAUAUCACGAAUCAAAAAACGGCUCGAACUUUGGUAGCCGAGUCGCAAGUCGGUAGCUUCUUCUGGAUCGAUGAUACCUUCAUUACGGGAGUGCUUGCUCAACGGCUGCAAAUUCCACUGACCGCACUUAACCGGUGGUUUAGCUCAAAUUCCGAGUUUCUUGACUGCUGCAUAAGGGACAUGAAGCGGUAUGCGUACCAGUGCGACUAUUACGUCGGUCCUAACGGUGGCAAUGGGAAGCUUAUAAUGGAGUUCAUUCAGGAGCUCGAACGUUGCUACGACAAUGCCUGCUAUCAAAGGCCACCGGGCAAAUCACUUACUGCGACAUGCGUUGCAGAGUACAAGCAGCAGAUAAAUCCCGAUCACGGAACCGCCAUGAUUAGUCAGAUGAAACUUAGAUAAUUGGAAGGAUAAAAAACCUGUUAUGGAUGCAACACGAGUUACCAAUCGUAAAAAAAAAACAAAACAAAACUCAAAACUCCCAACUACAGUAUGUGCCAACAAAGCAACGAAAAUUGAAUCAACACGAAUUGAAAUGAUUCCCUCACCAUUAUUGCCAUUUACGAAACCUAUUUACACACGCGGCCGUCCUUGCAACCGUGCACGAAUACUUAACAACACGAAUACUGCCAUUGUUUUUUAUACAACCCCUACCCACUAAGCGAAACACGUUCGUGAAUAGUAUUAGUAAUGCAAAUGUUAGGAAUUUAGUGUAAUUAGAGCGAUUAUUUUACCAACAUCAUUCCAUCACGAAACUCUGAGACCGAAUAGAACCGAUCUGUGAUACCGGGAUGAAUCUCCAACGCACGAAACGAUGUACAUUCCUCGCCGACGUAUUUAUUGCGUGUGGUUUCAAGUAUUAUUUCCGAUU